ACUACUUUCUGCUGCACAAGUCCUUCCCACUGCCUGCUUAUACAACGUUUCUGAAUUUCUUACCCAUUUUCUUGGACUCAUCCCUUGUGCACAUCGAGUUUUUUCUACACCCCGUGCCUGACAGAACAGAGGGUGGAAACAUGAAAGUCUGUGUGGCUCUGUUCGUCUGUGUGGCAGCUCUGACUGCAGGGCUCAUCACUGCAGAUGCCAAGGAGUUAUCCAUCACAACGAUAAAGGAUAAUCCAUAUGCCAUGAGCAAGGGCUCUGAACUAGAGGGCUACUGCAUUGAUCUGAUGUCAGAGCUCUCCAAAAAGCUGGGUUUCAAGUACAAAGUGCAUGUGGUCAAAGACAACCGCUAUGGAGCCAUGGACUCAAGUGGCAACUGGAACGGCAUGAUCGGUGAAGUCAUCAGAGGGGAUGCUGACCUAGCUGUGGCCCCACUGACUGUCACUGCAGUCAGAGAGAAGUUUGUGGACAUGACCACCCCCUUCAUUCAAACUGGACUCAGUUUCAUCCUGCGCAAAGAAGGAGAGUCUGAAGAUAGCACCUUCAGCCUGUUGGCACCUUUCUCCACUGACAUGUGGGUCGGCAUCAUCAUUGCUUUCCUGCUAACAGGUCUCUGCAUAUUCCUGGUGGGCAGGAUCAGUCCCAGUGAAUGGGCUGAGCCAGACACAGAUGAACACCGCUUCACUUUGCUGCACAGCUUCUGGUACAUCACAGGAGCUCUCACCCUGCAAGGAGCCGGUCCUCACCCCAAAGCAUUGUCUGGAUGCGUAGUUAGCGCCAUCUGGUGGCUGUUUGCUGUACUGCUGCUUGCCUGCUACUUCAGCAACUUACAGUCAAUGUUGAACUCCGACAGCAAACACGUUUCCAUUAAGAGCUUUGAAGACCUGGCUAACCAGGAUGUGAUUGAUUAUGGCACAGUUGAAUUUGGAUCUACUAUGCUCUUCUUUAAGAAUUCCAACAAUCCUGUGUACCGUCGUAUCUACCAGCACAUGGAGCGUAAGAAGAGCUAUGUGUCCAGCAUGGAAGAGGGCGUACGCCGCACACAGGAAGGAAACUUUGCGUUCAUUGGUGAAGCAGUGUCCUUGGACUUGGCAGUGGCUCACUCCUGUAAGCUGACCCGUUCACCAGAGGUCAUCUCUAUGAGAUCCUAUGCCAUAGCGGCAUCUCUGGGCUCCCCGUUGGUGAAGAACCUGUCUAUUGCCAUCCUGCAGCUCAGUGAAUCUGGCGAGCUAACAUAUCUGCGCGAGAAGUGGUGGGCCAGUAGCUGCAUUGGCACCAAUGGUGCUCAUAUCUCCAAGGCCCUGCAGCCCCAUGACUUGCAGGGACUCUUCUUCCUCCUGGGACUGGGUCUGGGCAUUGGGCUCCUGCUAGCCCUGCUGGAGCUAUUAUCAAAGGCCCGCAACCAAGCUAAGGAUGGCAAGAAAUCUUGCUGCUUGGUGUUGACAUCAGAGCUGAACCAGAGGUUUGGCAGCGGAGGGGAGAGCGCAGAGUGCGACAGCUCAGACAAAAGCAAAGCCUGAAGGAAACCGUUCCCUGUUGUCAUUUAAUAAGAUAGUGUCAGAUAAUAAGCUGAGAGCUUUCUGUGUUUUCCUAGUAAAAGCCAUGUGUUGUGUUGUUGUUUAGUGUGUUUUAUAUUCUUACGAAAAGCUUGGCGACCAAUUUUAACAACUAGCAGCAGCACAUUAAGCAGCAAACUCAUGGAUGUAGACUUCAAACUUAAUAUCCUAAUCAGCCUUUUUUUGUUUGCUGCUGAGUGUUUUAUUAUCAUGCCUAAAGUUUGUCUGUCAUAGCUGUAACUUUGUCUGUUUGCUUAUAUAUUCCACAUAAAUACCCCAAUAUCUUAAAUGCUCUGUUUUUCAGUGUAUACAAUUUUAUUCUUCAUUGUAGAAAUCAUUUUGAUUUAUUAGAGCAAAACAUUAACAACACCGAGGACCUGUACUAACAACCAAGUUCAGCAUAACAGGGAUAGCCUGUCGUUAUCUGCCUUCACCCACUGUGUUUGUGUGAGUGAAGAGGCGGGGCUGCCAGUCAGACGUGGACAGGUCUCGUGACAGCAGA